CAAUGAUAAGCGGCUCCUAGAGGAAGAGGGCGGUACCCCGUGAAAGGAUUGUCCAAUGAGAAUCACCAAAGCCAGACCCAAGGCAGCGCCGAGGCGGAGGGGACGAUGGAGAAUUUCACAGCGCUUUUCGGCGCUCAGACUGACCCACCACCACCUCCAACCGCCCUCAGCUUCGGACCAGGAAAGCCUCCACCCCCUCCUCCGCCUCCUCCGGGUGGGGGACCCGGCACGGCCCCGCCUCCCACCUCAGCCACGGCUCCUCCCGGCGCGGACAAGUCAGUGGCUGGUUGUGGCCCCUUCUAUUUAAUGAGGGAACUGCCAGGUAGCACAGAGCUGACAGGCAGCACCAAUCUCAUCACGCACUACAACCUGGAACAUGCCUAUAAUAAAUUCUGUGGGAAGAAGGUGAAGGAGAAGCUAAGUAACUUCCUGCCCGACCUACCAGGGAUGAUUGAUCUGCCUGGUUCCCAUGAUAACAGCAGCCUCCGCUCCCUCAUUGAGAAGCCCCCUAUUCUUGGUGGCUCUUUUAAUCCUAUCACAGGGACCAUGCUGGCUGGUUUCCGCCUCCACACUGGCCCAUUGCCAGAGCAGUGUCGUUUGAUGCAUAUUCAGCCUCCCAAAAAGAAGAAUAAGCAUAAGCACAAACAGAGCCGUACCCAGGAUCCUGUCCCCCCAGAAACACCAUCCGAUUCGGAUCACAAGAAGAAGAAAAAGAAAAAAGAGGAGGAUCCUGAACGGAAAAGGAAGAAGAAAGAGAAGAAGAAAAAGAAGAACCGACAUAGUCCAGACCACCCAGGUAUGGGUAGCUCCCAGGCCAGCAGCAGCAGCAGCCUCCGCUAACAGGACCACUGGACUCUGCCAGGAUGGCUUUUCCUGCUGUACUGAACCUGACAAAAACUACCUUCUAGGCUCUUGGACACUCCCUUGGGAGCAUCUUGUAGCUGGGGUAGGGGCUAGCCCCUACUGUAUUCGGUUGAGAUUAAUAUGUUAGAAGGGCCAUGCUAUUGUAAGGCUUAGCCUAGUUGGCUUUCUCAUGAACAUCUCCUUCCUCUCCCAGAAAGCUGUCUCUUUUUCCCUCCUUUGUGCAACUUUUCUGAUUUAGGAAUUGAUUUGUUAGGGUUUUUCUUUAAAAAAAAAUUUACAUUUAUCAAAUUGGCUGAAAUGUGGCUGCCUGUUAAGAGGUAAGUACCUUUCUAUAAGAGUCAGGGUUUAAGACAAGGCACUGCUAAGAUCUGAGGGAAUCUGGGUCUUUUCAUUGCAUUAUCUCAUUAGCAGGCAAGGAAACCACCAAAAUCAGAUUGGGGAAUAUGCUCCAAAUGUGAGGCAGAAAUGUCAAUACUUUCCCACAGCAGACACAACUCUGCUGAUAAUGUUGAGAACCAAGUGCCAGGAUGAUAUUCAAGCUUCACCUGAAGAGCUGUUUUAGGUAGGGCUCAACAGUGUUCUAGCUCAAUUUUGUGUUGAAAACAGAAUAGCCAACUGAAAAAGCACCCACAGUCACCAGUGUAUUUGAACAAGAUUGGUUCUUAGGUCAGAAGCCUGUGAUCUUUUGAAAUGAACCUCUGGCAAGCAAAAGUAAAUGUUUCCCUUGUCUUUGUAAGAACUUUUGACUUGGCUCAUUCCUUAGUUAAGACAAUAAAAUUAUUUGGCUGAUGUGAAAACUUCUAAGACAGCAACAACAAAAAAAGGCAGCCUAAACUAUCAAAAUGUAAAAUGAACCCCAUUAGUUUUUGCAGCCAGCUAGGUAGCAGAAAAUAUCCAUGAGAAGAUCCCAACUAAAAUAAUCUGAUUUUAAAAUAAAUUUAAUAGGGGCUGGCCAGUUAGCUCAGUUCGUUAGAGUAUGACGUUGUGACACCAAGGUCAAGAGUUUGGUUCCCCACACCGGCCAGCCACCAAAACAAUAAAUAAAUUUAAUACAGAACAGUUAAAAUCUGUUGCUAUGAGCCAUGGUUGUUCCUAGAUCAGUGGACAGAAAACCACUCAUUCAGCUCAUUUUAAUCUGGGAUUUCAGAACAAGAAUUUAUAUACUCAAGUUAUGGACUGUGAAAAUAAAGCAUUCUGGCCAGUUU